AUGCUCGCGCCGCCUCUUGCUACUCGUAUUGGCUGCCGCCACCGCGCUCCUCCUCCAAUCCAGCUCUACGAUCGCCACCACCCUCUCCUCCUCUUCCUCCUCUUCCUCCUCCGCGAAGUCGGCGACGCCUUCCUUGUCGGCGUGCGUGCCUCGACGGGGACGGUGGAUGCCGUCUCUCCGGCUUCGCACCCGUCCUUCUCGUACACGAUGCCCCUCAAGGACGCGUCCGUGAAGCUGCACUGGGCCGACUCGGGCCGAGCGAUUCUGGCGAGGGACGGCCUCUCCUCCUCUGUGGACGCGUCGCGCUGCCUCACUCCUCCGCUGCCGUUUGGGCGGGGCCUCGCCUUGCGGAGGGAGGUGAGGGUGGCGGGCGCAGAGGCGACGCUCUCGCUGACGAUCACAAACAGCGACCCGACGAGCGGCGUCGAGAUCGGCCCACGCUUGCCGCCUGGCGGCGGCCUCGGCUUGUCGGUGCCGUUCAACCAGAUGUUCACGGGCCGGUCGCUGCCGCAGGUCGCCCAGCGCUGCUCCUUCACCGAGGUGUACUUGGGCGGCGAGGCGGGGUACGUGCAGGUGCUGCUUGUGCUGCCGCUGCGCCGAGACCGCCGAGAGGACGUUGGGGCGGAGGGCCGCUCUGCGUCCGGCUGGCGCGGCUUCGAGGGCUGGCGCCCGCUCAAGCAGGAGGACCGCGCCAACUACGACUGGAUGCACGAGAUGCUGUACGAGGUGGUGGUGCACUCGGAGGCGUACGCACGGGCCGAGUGGCGCGGCGCGGCGCCGUGGGCGCCCCCCUCCUCCGCCACUCUCCCGCCCGGCGGCAGCGCGACGUACGGCCUGCGGAUGAUCCUCGCCCGCGACGUCGAGAGCGUCGGCGAGGCGCUGCUCGCCGCAGGAGUGCCCGUCGCCACUCCGCUGCCGGCGGCGACGCUGCACGCCGACAUGACCGACGCGCGCCUCCACCUCUCCACGCCAAAGGGCCUCGAGGUCGUCGGCUCGCCGCGCAGCGACCCACCCGGCUGCCUCGAGGCGGCGCCCCUCUCUGGCGGAACAGCGGCGGCGCACGCCCUCCGGCUGCGCCCGGUGGCCGUCGGCCGCUGCCGUCUCACGCUUCGGUACAGGUGGGGCCCUGCGGCAGACCGCCGCGGCGAGCUGCUGCAGUUCGUGCACUACAACCUGCUCGAGCCCGCGGCGGCACUGCUCCAGCGGCACGGCGACUUCGCGUCCACCGUCGGGUGGCUCCCCGGCAACGGCAGCGACCCGUGGCACCGCGGCCCCGGCUACAUGGGCACCGACGCGGACGCGGACGGCGGGCGGGGCGGCGCGCUGUUGUACGACCCGCGGGUCUUCAUGGCGGGUCACUCGGACGAGUCUGGCGCCUCGGCGCCUCUCGCGAUGAGCGUCAAGCAGCUCGGGCUGCCGAGCGAUGCCGAGGUGGGCAAACUGGAGGAGUACGUGCAUGAGACGCUGUGGGCGGGCGCAUCCGGCCGGCGGUCGAGCUUCCUGCAGGGCGCGGACCAUAGCGUCCGGCUCUCGAUGCUGUACUGGAACGACGCGAUGGACAAGGACCCGUCGGGCCCCGCGCGGAGGGCGCUUCCCGCGCUGUACGACCACUGCCACAAGUGCUGGGCCUCGUGCAAGAAGGGGCGCGACUGCUGUUAUUGGAUGCACUGCUGGUCGGAGGAGCACUCCCUCGAGACGUGGCGCGCGUACAACUACCCGCACGUCACGGUCGGCUACUGGUCCCUCUACCGCGUCGCGCGCCACAUCUCGCCGCCGCCCACCAAGCGCGCGGGGUGGCGCUGGUACCUCGAGCAGGCGGGCCGGACGGCGGUCGCGAUGCACACGUUCGGCGGGCGCGGGACGAGCCAGUGGGGCUUGAUGGUGGGCUCAAUCUUCGUGGCGGUGCUCGCGGACCUGCGCCGCGAGGGCCUCACCGCCCUCGCCGACGAGCUGGAGGCGAUUAAGGAGCGGCGGAUGCGCAAGUGGAUGUCGAUGCUCUUCCCGUACGGCUCCGAGUUUCCCUGGGACUCGACAGGCCACGAGGAGAUCCACAGCUGGCUGCUCCACGACGGCAAGGUGGCCGACGCGAACAAGACGGUCCAGGCGGUGCUCGCCUACUCGACGGUCGUCCCGCACUGGGCAUAUUGCGGCUCCGCGCGCCGGUACUGGGACUUCACCAUCAAUGGCAAGACGCAGUGGGGCAACGAGCGCGAGUUCCACCACUACGGCCCCGGCGUCUACGGCUACUGGCGCUCCGCGGCGGCGUACGUCGCUUGCAUGCCGCCGUUUGGCUGGUCGUGCUUCCUGUGCGACCUGGCGGUGGAGGGCGAGGCGGGGGGCGGAGCGGCCUCGGCCUCGGCGGCGAAAGCUUGCGACGCGGGCGCGAACCUGCGAGUCACGCCGCGGGACGCCUUUGGCCGGCGAGCGUACUUGGCGCCCCUCGGCCUUACCGUCACCGUCGAGGGUGGACGGCUCGUCGAGGUCGAGCUGCAGCCGCGCGGGCGGCGGGCGGUGCUGCGCGUGGCGGUGCACGAGCGGGCGCGCAGCAGCGAGGCCAGCGUCUUCCUCGAGGUGGAACGGCGCGACGGGCGCGCGCCGGCACCGACGAGCGCGUACAGUUGCGCGUACGACGAGGCCGCGUAUCCGUGCUCGGGCCGCAAGGCGGGCGCUUUUGUGGUUCCGCUCCGCGUUGGGGAGCCGACGCGAGUGAUUCUCCAGGCGAGCGCAUCAGGAUCAGCGCCGGCAUCAUAAGAGCAGGAAUCUCGAGCACAAAACUCUCAAACGGUCUUCAUAAAAGACUAAGACUCGUCUCAAUC